AACACAAUUAAUUUGCACAACAAUGGACUGAUGCGAACAGUUGUCGGCCGAUGUCUGCCAAGAAAAAAAACAGGCAACAGCAACAGAAACCGCAGGUACAGCAACAAUUACACGAUCGGCAGCAGCAACAAUUGCAAGUGCAACCGCAAAAAAAAAAAGAAACAACCAUAGCAGCAUGCCUCUGCGGCAGCCCGGCCAUAUCAACAAGAUUUUUGGUAGAAUUAAGCAUUUUGCCAGAGCUGCAGCCGCCGUUGCGUAUACGUAAUAUUAAAAAUAGGCUAGCACCCAGGCGGCAGGAUGAACAAGCGCAGCGUAAUCAUAGCGGGAAUCGUGGCCAGCCUCCUGGGCUUGGUUUUGGGCGCCAACUUCUACUUCAUGUACUACCUCAGCGCCGAGGAGGGGCAUUUGGCCAGUGUACGGGCGCUGGAAAACAAGAUCAGGCACAAGAUGCGCCAUCUGAAACCCGCCUACCUCAACCGGAAUCCGCGCUUCUUUAUGUUCCGGAAUAAGCUCCUGAAAAACUAUAAGGCGGCGCCAUACGAGAAUGCCAGCGUGCUCUGGGACAUUGCCAAUUGGUGGCCACACGAAAAUGAAGUGUACCCGCUAUACGAUUCAUCGAUGGGCCAACUCCUAGAGACCCUGCGUCGUGAACCAAUCACGAGGGUGAGCAACCUCGCACGCGGGACCCAAUUGAAGCUACUGAUGCGCCUGUCGCAGCAGCAGAAGGUGAUCUUCAAGCCACAGUGGUAUCCGAGAGACGAGGUAGUGGAGGGAACGGUGUACAGCGGGAAAGAUCGACACACGGCGGAAGUAUAUGCCUUUUAUUUGGGAGCCGUCCUAGACCUCCGAUGGACGCCUAUCGUGGUGGGCCGGGUGGUGAACUUGAAGAAGGAGAUCUAUGAAAACGGGGAUCAGGAGUUGCAGAACACGAUAAACAUAGAGAAGGAUGAGGAUGGCAAGGAGACCUACUGCUUGUACGGAAAGUGCCACUACUGCAACGAGGAAGAAAGUGUUUGCGGAGAUGAAAGGCAUAACAUCGAGGGCGUGCUCAUCUACAUUGUGCCGGGAACUCUGGCGAAGCGACGGUCCCCCUGGCAGCGCACCUACAAGGACGAUAAGCGAGCUCCUUGGGAGGAUGACAUGAACUACUGCAAGUCUCUGAAGAAUAAAAUGGAAACUAUUCGGUUGCUGGACCUUAUCGAUGUUGCCAUCUUCGACUACCUGAUUCAGAAUGGAGAUCGGCAUCACUACGAAACAAGGGAGGAGCGCGUCGUUCUAAUCGAUAAUGGAAAAGCCUUUGGAAAUCCCAAUAAGGACCACUUGGAUAUACUGGCUCCUCUGUAUCAGUGUUGCCUCUUACGAAAGUCCACUUGGGAUCGCCUGCAAGUGUUUUCCGGAGGUGUCCUAACCGAACUGGUGGACCGAUUAUCCAAGCAAGAUAUCCUUUACCCACUUAUCACUGAUAAACACAAAAAGGGCGUGGAAAGGAGGCUUUUGGUGGUUUAUUCCGUGGUAGAGCACUGUAUGGACCUCGAGGGAGAGAAAAUGUUUAAAACUCUCUAGGCAUCUGGAAGUCCAAGCCUUUGUUAAGCCCAGGCCUUUCUGCACUCACGUCCCACAAAACGAAAUAAUUGUAGAUAGGAACGUAUCCAAUAAUUAUAGAGAAAUUUUAAAAUACAUAAUGUCGAAAACGUUGCGUUUUUGUCUUAAAAGACUAAAAAGUGACGAAAAAUUAAGCAAAAAAACAAAAACUUUGCCAUUUUCAAAUUUUAAACUCGCAUAUCUUCGAUAUUUUCCAAAAGAUUCUAAUAUAUUAUGUAUUAGUUAUUUACAUAUGUAUGUUUAGAUUACAUUUUUGAACAGAGCUCGACACCAUACCUUAUGAAAAUGUAAAGAGAACCUUAAAGAAAAUAUACAAAAGUUUAGUUUUAAGAAUAGGUAUCGUCGUUAUUUAAUAGGUACAAUUUUAGAAAAUUUUAAACUUCACAACUAUAUUUUUUCACUUAUCUCACGAGAAUAUAAACAGUCAAAAAUAAA